GGGGGAGUUGAGGCGGUGUCAGGGACUCUUCAGCAGGACCACGAAAGUCCCUCAGUCGUUUAAAAGUAGGAGACAUGGAUUGUUCUGCUCCACUUUGACAUAACCUGCAGCACAGGCAGCUUCUCCAGUCUCUCAUCCAGUCCUCUGUCAGCGGCAGACCCAACGAGAUGCAGCGACAACCGUGGUGACCAGCAACCGCUCAACAAGUCCCAACACUUGGCAGCAGACGCAUCUCGGCCUCUUGCAUCACAGUUCCGCCGGUUUACCGUCCGCACGUGGCCUCGGGCUGUUUAAUGUUGAGGUUUCACACUGAUGUUUGAAGCUGUGGAAGCUCCCUGACAGGGUUCGAGUUCGCAGCUGCAGCCUGGAUGUGAGAUUCAGCCUCGGUGUGCGAUGAGAGGACCGGCUCUCCCUCUGUGUCUGCUGCUCUGCCUCGUAGGAGCAGCUGUUCUCGGGACUCAUGGUGAUGUCACAGCCCCCUCCAGCCUGACCGCAGAGGCCGGCCGCCCCCUCCUGCUCGGCUGCAACAUCACCACGGCGACCGGCAACACCGUCCUGCAGGUCCGAUGGCUCAACGGGCACGGAAAGAUCCUCCUGGCCUACCAGCCACUUGUGCCAGUGCGCAUCAGCCACCAGGAUUCCAGCGUGCAGCUCACCGGGCACCCCGACGGCGCCAGCUACAUCACCAUCACGAGGGUGAGACCCGAUGACGAGGGCUGCUACCGCUGCAUCUUUGACACUUACCCCAAGGUCUCGCAAGAGGGCCGGACGUGCGUCACAGUCACUGGUAAAGUGCGGCUGGUGGGCAACCAGACGGCCACAAGCGGAACCGCCGUCAUCCUCUCCUGCCGGUACAGCCUCCCCGAGAGGGUGCACCAGGUUCUGUGGAGGAAGACGGCCGAGCAGGGCGACACCACCGCCGUGGCUGCCUACAGCAAGAACCACCACAGCGUUGAGGAGCAGUUCAAGGGUCGGGUCAGCCUGAGCCGAACUCUGGACGACACCCGGCUGACCAUCCAGCCGGUCAGGACGGAGGACGAGGCCUGCUACACCUGCGAGUUCAACACGUUCCCGGAUGGCAGUAGAAGCGCCACGGCCUGCCUCUCUGUUUAUGUUUUACCCAAACCAGAGGUGACCAAGGUGACCUCGUCAUCAGGGGUCACCGAGGCCAACUGCACCGCCCAGUCCCGCCCACCAGCAGAUAUUAAGUGGGACAUCGGAGGGGACAACCGGACAAUUGGACCGCCCGUUUUGUCCAUCUUCGACCAGGGUGACGGCACGACGAUAGUGACGAGCACGCUUCUCUUCCAGUCAGGGCUGCUCAGUGAGCGCUCCGUCGAGUGCAUCGUGCAACACCCGGGUCUGGAGAAGCCCCUGAUGGUGCCUCUCACCACAAAGGUGAGUCCAGUCGUGGUGAUCCUCCUCUCGGUGUGCGGCGUGGCGGCCGUCCUCCUCUGUCUGUGUGUGUGUCUCUGCAAGUGCCUAAUCUGCACAGACGACUGAUUUGGACCGCUGCUUUGAUGAGGGUCCAGCAGAGCUCUGAGUCUGACCUAUCUGCUCAGCACCGUGCCGUCCGGCUCAGCGCGCACAGGACGGGAGCAAAGCUUUCCACGGAGCCGGGGCCAACACUGCUGACUCACUGCUAGACACAAAGUAAACAGAACUAAAACCACCUUAUUUAACACUAGAUUUUACACUUACAGCCUUAAUUGUCGACGUAAUCACUGUGAUCAGAGAAGAGUUAGUCGAUGUGUCUUGUGCCAUCACGUUGGGGUCAGAUCAAUUCUCCUGUGUUGAAUAGUUAUAUAUUUUUUUACAUAUAGGUUGUGUAUAUAUAGCUUUUUGAUUUGCUUCUGCUCUUAGUUUGAAGUAUUCUGACUGAAAUAUGGAUAUAUUCUAAAUACUCUGUGGGACCGUUGAUGUUUUUUUCCUACCACAGCUGCCUCAUAUCUCCUUCAAUAUAAAAGUUUAUUAAACUGUAAAAGACUUCAGCACAUUAAGAUAUAAGCAAGUAACUGAUUUUAAUAUUUUUCAGUACAGGUCGACCUGUUUAAAUAGUCAAGUCUAUUUAUAUAGCAAGUUUAAAAACAACGACAGUGCUGAACAGCCUUAAAAUACAAAAUAAAAUAAUAAUAUAAAAACAGAGAAUAAAUAGAAACUGCAUUAAAACAUUAAACAUCUUGCGAGUUACAGGAAGUAAAAAAGUGGAGCUGCGGCUAAAAUCUGUGUGUGUGUGUGUGUGUGUGUGUGUGUGUGUGUGUGUGUGUGUGUGUGUGUGUGUGUGUGUGUGUGUGUGUGUGUGUGUGUGUGUGUGUGUGUGUGUGUGUGUGUGUGUGUGUGAGAGAGUGUGUGUGAGACUAACUAACUGUGCGGACGAGCUGUGAAUCACUGUUUGCACGUGUGUGAGAAAGUAACAGAUGGCGUGUGUGUGUUUUAAAAGUGUGUGCAUUUUUCUUUGCAUCAUUGUACAGUAUUUCAUGACUGAGUCAAACCAUACACUGAAAAGAUAUGACUACAGAUACGUUUUUUUCAAAUUAAAGUCAACAAUUGUGUUGAUGUAACUCUGCUGAACGAACUUGAUGAAUUGGUUAGUUACCAAUUGAUGUCGUUUUUUUAAGUUGUUCCAACCAUUUGGUUGGUCCAAAUCUAUUUUCCUGUGUAAGAAGAACUAGUUUUGGUUUUGCAGGAAAUGUUAAUGUACAGGGACUUUGUGGAAACUCGUAUUCAUCAGAAAAGAAAUAUUAUUUUCUAAUAAUUAAACACAGCUAUUGGUUGUUUACAUAUGAUCUACUUUCACACUGAAGUCAAUGAUCUGUAUAGUUUAUUAUAAGGGUUAAAUCUGAUAAAUACCUAUAGUGUUGUUACAAAUAUACUAAAGCUGCUGUAAAUAUGAUUUUCUUCCCACAUUUCCUCUCUGUUUUAUAUUUCUGUCUUUUUUGUUGUUCUUGUUUUUUUAGCAGUAUUCACUUUUUCUGUACCUGUAAGAAUUGAUUAAAGAGCAGAUUAGCAUGAUUUGGAACAAAUAAAAACGAAAAACUGAGACUUUA